GCCUGCGCAGUGGCCGAAGCCCGGGUUGUGUGCUUCCCGCCAAUUCUUGCGAUAAUCCUGCAGAGGUUGAGUCCCGUGCUCCAUGGCGACGUUUGACCCGGCCGAGCUGCCCGAGCUGCUUAAGCUUUAUUACCGGAGGCUUUUCCCCUACGCCCAGUACUACCGCUGGCUCAACUAUGGCGGAGUAAUAAAGAAUUACUUUCAACACCGUGAAUUUUCAUUCACAUUGAAAGAUGAUAUUUACAUUCGCUACCAAUCCUUCAGCAACCAGAGGGAUCUGGAAAAGGAGAUGCAGAAAAUGAACCCAUACAAGAUUGAUAUAGGCGCGGUAUAUUCCCACAGACCCAAUCAACACAAUACAGUAAAGCUGGGAGCUUUCCAGGCUCAGGAAAAAGAACUGGUGUUUGACAUUGACAUGACAGACUAUGACGAUGUGAGGAGAUGUUGUAGUUCUGCAGACAUAUGUUCUAAGUGCUGGACCCUCAUGACGAUGGCCAUACGCAUAAUCGACCGAGCACUGAAGGAGGACUUUGGAUUUAAGCAUCGUCUCUGGGUAUAUUCUGGAAGGAGAGGUGUUCAUUGUUGGGUCUGUGAUGAAUCAGUUAGAAAAUUGUCCUCUGCAGUACGUUCUGGGAUAGUUGAGUAUUUGAGUCUUGUAAAGGGUGGUCAGGACGUUAAAAAGAAAGUCCACCUAAGUGAAAAAAUUCACCCUUUUGUCAGCAAAUCUAUAAACAUAAUAAAAAAAUACUUUGAAGAAUAUGCCUUAGUUGAUCAAGAUAUUCUUGAAAAUAAAGAAACCUGGGAUAAAAUUUUAGCCCUUGUUCCUGAAACAAUUCAUGAGAAACUUCAACAAAACUUCCAGAAGCAUCACAAUUCACUUCAGCGUUGGGAGUGUUUAAAGAAAGCCAUCAGCUCUCAGGAUAUCAAAAAUGACAAAUGUGGGCACUGGCUUGAAUUGGAAAUCAUGCUUCAGUACUGUUUUCCACGGCUGGAUAUCAAUGUUAGCAAAGGAAUCAAUCAUUUAUUGAAGAGCCCUUUUAGUGUUCAUCCUAAAACAGGUCGAAUUUCUGUGCCUAUUGAUUUACAGAAAGUAGAUCAGUUUGAUCCAUUUACUGUUCCAACCAUAAGCUCUAUCUGCCAUGAAUUGGAUGCUGUUUCCACUAAUGAUGAGGGAAAGGAGGGAAACGAAGCUGAAUCUGAUAUCAAACAUAGAACCAGAGAUUAUAAGAAGACUAGUCUAGCUCCUUAUAUAAAAGUUUUUGAACAGUUUCUUGAAAACCUGGAUAAAUCCCGAAAAGGAGAACUUCUCAAGAAGAGUGAUUUACAAAAAGACUUCUGAAGAUAACAACUCUCCUCAAACCAGUGUAGAUAACUUCUAGCUUCAACCAAGAAUCAGAUAUUUCAAGAGCCAUUUGAUAAAUAUUGUAGAACCAUAGAUGUGUCUUAAUGCUCAAAGCAAAAUUUCCUUUUCUUGAAAAAUGAUUAUGUUGAAAAGAUUCCUGAGACUACCAAAGGAGAGUGUCCAGCUUUCUGGAAGGAAGAAUAAUGGGAGAAAUAAGUGGAUUGCAGAUACAUUUGUAAAAGUUAAUAUCAUACAAAGAUAAUGCUAAGAUUUUUUUUAUAUACCUUUUACCAGUUGCCAUAUGUAUUUUGAUAUACUUCUACCAGUUGCCACAUGUAGGGGCAAGUGAGCAGUAAUAUCCCAAAGACUCUAAUCUCAGCUCACUGGAUACAGCCUCCUAAUUAAUGAACUGAAUGAAUAUUCUAGGUGCAUGAGAGCUUUGUCCUUAAGUCUUAGACACUUAAUUAUACCUGGAGUGUGUAUUUCAUCACUUUUAAUGUUGCCUUACUGAUAUUUUUGUUGGUCAGCCCACACCCCACUGCCCAUCUUUUAAAAAUCAUUUUAUACUGGGCAUCUAAACAUACGGAAACUUCAAUUCAAAAAAUAUGUUACUAGAUUACAAUAGGAGAUAGUAGAGUGUUUUUUUACAACUGUUGCAUUUGUAGCUACCAACUUCCUUCCUCAGAAAACAAUUGGAUUAGGCUGCACCAUAAAGCAGCAGCUUAGAAUAACCAGUUUCACCGACAUAAAACUUGUUAUACUUGUCAAAACACUUCCCUUUCUACAUAUCCAGAUACUUAAUUUUAAAGGUUUUUUUCUACCAUAUUAAAAUUUUUUUUUCUGAAAGUGUCAGAUUUCUUUUGCCUAGUUUUACAACCAAUCGAAACAAAACAGUCAUUCUGGUUUACAGUCCAUCUUUUGAGAAACACUGAGAAGUCAAGCUAUCAGGCUGGUGCAUUCUGUGAUUUAUGAAAAUUUUCCUUCCUUUGCAUUUCCUUUAACAUAGUUUUCUCUAUACCCACACAGCCUUUUUUUUUCUUAAUCUUUUGGCUUAUAUAUAUAAAACAGACUUUACAAUGCAGUCAACAUAUUGCAAUGCCUUGCAUUUCCUUCUCGUUUCUAAUUUUUUAAGAAAAAACAUUAAAGGCCAUUGUGCAAAAUUC